GAACGUGCAUCGGGAGGAUCCGGUGCGAUGUGUGGGCUCCUCAUCUGUAUUCCGUGCCUCCUCUCUGGCAUCUACACCCUCACAAGCGGCUCCCACCGGCCGCGUCUCGCACCGACUCCCGCACAGUAAACAAGCCCGAAUCGCAUCUGCACGUGUUCCGUUUGUGUUUGUAAGGCAGUUCGCCCAGAUCACGUGCCGGGGAGGAGGGGGGGAUCUCUGGCUGCUUUCAGUAAUCAAUGUCUUCUCGACUUCCUUCUUGUGAUGCAGUCGCCGCCGAGCGCAGCUGAAGGAAGCCGAUCGCCUUCAGUGUGAAAUCAACAGGGACGACGAGCACACAAACACCGGACUGUCUGCCUCCGAGGAGAGGAACACAAUGAGUGCGGGGGACGUGGUCUGCACCGGGUGGCUCAUCAAAUCUCCCCCAGAAAAGAAACUGAAAAGAUAUGUAUGGCGGAAGCGCUGGUUUGUGUUACGACGAGGUCGGAUGAGUGGAAAUCCAGAUGUGUUAGAAUACUACAGAAAUAACCACUCCAAGAAACCCAUCAGGGUCAUAGAUCUGAAUGAAUGUGAAGUGCAAAAGUACAUUGGUGUGAACAUCAUAAAAAAGGAAUUCCAGAAUAGCUUUGUCUUUAUUGUAAAAACAAACUUCCGUACAUUUUACUUGGUUGCCAGAACUGAGGAAGAAAUGCAGAGAUGGAUCUACAACAUCAGCCAGAUCUGUAACUUUGGACAGCUGGAAGAUGGCACAGAUUCCGUCGAAAGCUUUUCUCAUACCAACUCUUCUGUCCAAGCGUCCCCAGCAGUAUCUACUCACACAUCAAGAAUCACCGAUCCGUCCUACUCUGUGGACAGUGCUUCUGCAGAUACCCCAACAGAAGAGAACCGAAGUGAAUCGGAAUCCUUAUUCAUUCCAGACUAUCUGUUUUUAUCAAACUGUGAAAGUGGGAAGCUCAAUAAUGCCAGGUGUGAUGCUUGGUCGAAUUCUGACAAGUCAUUAGAUCAAACGUCAUCAGAGGAUGUGUUUCUUGACUGCAUACAGUCUCCUCCUUUUAACCAGACAUUCUUCAAUGUUAAUAUUCACCCUCAUCAUGUACAACCACCAAAUCUUAUUGCUGUCAAAGACAUAGAAUCUAAUAGUUCAUCUAGUGACUUCUCCUCCUCUUCCCCACUGCUGGGACCUUGUUCAACACCGUCUAUUAUAACUGAGAAAAACCACUGUGGAAUACAUGAAGUUGAACCUUUGCCCACCACUCCACCUCCAAGACCACCUAAGCCAAACCAUUUUUCUGAAGGGAGACCUGAGGUCAUUUCUUGUGGAAUCAUCCAGAAUGGACAUUGCUUAUCUGGAGUUGUUCCCAGAAGAAUUUCCCUCUCAAGCUUGGACAGUGUUAGGAACUGGAGAGGUGACCAAGAAGAGAUCUCUUUGAGGACCAGAGAUAAGAGGCUCAGUUUAAACCUGCCUAGGUUUGCUGGCCAUUAUUCCGUCAGUUCAGAUGGUUCAGAAGACUGCUAUGUCCCAAUGAACCCAAAUGCUUCUCCACCAGCUUCUGAGUCAGAAUGCAGCACUGAUGGUUAUAUCCCUAUGAGUCCAGUGAAUGCUGCAUUUACUUUCAAUGCACCUGUUAACUCAAAGGUUACGAGUCCAUUGCCUGAUCUUCCUACAGACCUGGAACCUCCACCAGUUAAUCGGGACCUCAAACCACGAAGAAAAAUGCGUCCACCACCUUUGGAUCUACGGAGCCUUUCAACAAUUCGGGAACACCCGCCUGUAACCAGAACCUGGACUGUGCCUUAUAAUCGCACCAGCUUUGUCACGUCUGAAAGUGGCUGCAUUAACUCAGCAGGUAUUUUUGCCUGUUCUGUCCCCGGAGAAGAAGAGGAAAGCUAUAUUCAAAUGGAGCAGAGACAGGGAUCAUCUCCCGGUAGCGGAAGUUUUCCAUGGCCUAGAAAGUUCAACCUUGACUACUUGGCAUUAGAUUUUAAUUCUGCAUCUCCGUCUCCUGUCCAAAAGAAACCCUUCCUGUCUGAGGAACAGAGAGUCGACUAUGUCCAGGUGGAUGAAAAGAAGACACAGGCCUUGCAGAACACUAAGCAAGAAUGGACGGAUAAAAGGCAAUCAAAAGUUUAAGCCUCUAGACUACCUUUUUUGCACUAUAACAUUUUGGUCAAUGCAGCUCAAUAGUUUGUUUGCUUUUUUUGUAAGGAAAAUUAUUUCUGCAUUAAAAAGCCAAGAGAGGGCCUUUAUAAUCUUUUUUGAGCAACUUUCAUCGUAUGUAUGGAGAUGAUGUUCUGGGAUGAACAUGUCAAAUGAACACAUAGGGAACUUUUUUAUUAAUCUGGAGAAUGUCUUGUCUCAUAUAUUUUGGCCAUUUAUGGGAUUGGGACAACAUAUUGAGGACACUAUUAAAUGGAACAAAGGUCAUAUUCACUCAUUGAAGCAACUCAGUAGAUGACUAAUGACUAUUAGACUCCUUGUAAAUGUGGAAACUAAAAGAAACCUGAGGUUUUUGUGUAAAUAACCUGUUGUGUCAUCAUGGAAGAACUGUUGGUGGCAUCUACAAGCAAGUUACUGUUUAGAAGGGCUAGAACUCUAAAGCCAGGUUGAAUUGUUGGCAAUAUAGUGCUAUAUUUAUGGUAUGUGACUUUUCAGAAAACGUGCCUGCUCUGCUGUUAAAAGCAGGUUUAAUGGAAGUGUUCUCACUGUUUCGUCACCACUAAGACUGUUGUUGAUUGUAGGAUACCUAUGCAUAAUUUUGGCAGUGGAAAUGCUCUUGAGCAAAUUAUUUGUUUUAUAUAUGUCUGUGUGUAAAUUGUUUGUAAGAAAGCAUAAUCAGGUUGAAAUAUCGUUAAAUAGUAAUGGCAAGUAUUCCAUAUAACACCACAAAGUGCUUUGCUUUUGAGAGUAAAUACCAACCCUUUGGAAUACCUUGGAAAUCCCACCCUGGAUUCUCCCUGUAUCUUCAUGAUUCAUUUCAUGGAUUUAUCCUGGUUGUCAGCAUUUUAUUUUCUCUGGGAGAAGUAAAAAUCAAUGUUUUAGCACUUUGCUGAUGCUUUUCCCUUCAGCAUUCCAUUGACCGUCCUUCACUGGUGACAUUUAAAUGUCUUUGAAACUUUUAUUUAUUUUUCUUAGCUGGUUCCUGUAUGUGGGAUUUAUCUAAAAAUCAAGGUUGUGUUUUGUUCCACUGGUAACACUGUUAAUAACAAUCAUGCUUAUUCUUCGUAACCCCUGUACCAGAAAUGGCGUCAGUGAAACGUACCAUGAUGGCCUAGACGUUUUAUAUUGCAUUUGCAUUUGUGUACACUGUUCUUUUCACAGAACGUUGAGUAGCAAUUAUGUACAAAGUAGGCUGUAAGUUCAGUGAUAGCACUAAAGGAAAAUACAUACAGCAAUAAUUUGGAU